UUGCUCCCUGCUUACUCGAGAACGAACACACGCGUUCUCAUCAACAGCCACAGAAAAGAUGAAACAAACGGAGAGAGAACACAGAAGCCAUAUCAUGACCUAUCUUAAGUGGCUGUGUGUCAUGGAUUGAGAUUGUGUUUAUCAAUUUACCGAGUAUUUGAUGUUCUAGCUUGUGAGCAGACGACUUGAAUUACAUGUACCAUGGCUACGGCCAGUACCAAGAAACGACGUACCGUUGUCAUAGCAAUGGAUGGUAGCGAGGCCUCUUUGAAUGCCUUCAGUUGGUAUCGUACUCGGGCCAAAAUGGAGGAUGACCGUAUAACGUUGAUUCAUGCAGUGGAAAUAUAUCGAAGCAUCUAUACCGCCCCUUGGUUUCAGGACAUUCCUUUUGCUAUUGAUGUGAACGCUGUAAGAGCAGCAUACGCCAACCACAAAAUAGAAACGGAAAACAAAUUGUACGAUUUGGCUCUCUUAAUGAAAGCAUACUGUUUAGAGGGAAAAGUUCGGAGCGUCCAUGCGGAUAAGCCGGGAGAAGGAAUAGUUCGUAUCGCGGAGGAGCUGGGCGCCGACCUGAUUGUGAUGGGGUCACGUGGGGAGGGAGCCAUGAGGCGGACGAUAACCGGAAGUGUUAGUGACUAUGUUCUUCACCAUUCCACAGUUCCGGUUCUUAUCUGUCCACCAAAGCACCGACCAAAAUAAAAAAAUGCGUUUUUAUUAUUUUCCACACGUCGUUUGAUGUAUACAUGUAUAAUGCACACAUUUUAUUUAACGAUUUGUUGUGUGAAGUUACUUUUUGAAGUUAUGUUUUGCACUUUUUUAAUGUUUUAAGAUCAAUAAAGUAAAACAGUAUAUUAUA